CAGAGCCAACCAUCUCAGCAAGGAGCCUUGAAAGUUUGACAGCUCUAGCCAGCUAUUGUAGACGAAAAUUCAUCAGACAGAAACAUUUUUUUUGGAAUUCAAAACUUGACAACUUUUCGUCUUAAAAUAUUGAUGACAGCGAAGGCGGUUAUAGUUUAUUGACAGCGCUUUCUAUGCUCCUCCCCCCCGAGGCGCUUAAAUGACAGGCGCGCGCCUGUGAGCUCGCGGCUGACGCCUGUACAGAGAGGGAUGCUGUAGAGCAGCUCAACCUCCACCAGCGAGAUUUAUUCAGUUUCAUUUAUUAUUAUUCGUGCCUCAACCAUGAAGACCAUACUCGCUGCAUAUUCCGGUGUGAAAAAGGGCUCAGGCUCCAGCAUCCUCUCGGCCUUACACGACCUGCCCUCCGUCCCCUGGCUGACACGAUCCAAGAUCGUGAAACAUCUGCAGGUGAUCUCUGUCCUGCAGUUUGUCAUUACAUUUCUUGCCAUGGGCAUUGGCUGCUCUUUGCUGCUGAUGUACAUGUUUUGCACAGACUGCUGGGUAAUUGCCGCCAUUUACACCGCCUGGCUGAUCUAUGACUGGAAUACCCCUAAACAAGGAGGCCGCAGAUCGACCUGGGUGAGAAACUGGACUGUGUGGAAAUACUUUAGAGACUAUUUUCCCAUAAGACUCAUCAAGACACAUAACCUGCUUCCCAGCCGAAACUACAUUUUUGGCUAUCACCCUCACGGCAUCUUCUGUUUUGGUGCUUUUUGUAACUUUGGGACUGAGGCCACAGGAUUCUCCAAGAUAUUCCCUGGAAUCAAGCCGUCUCUGGCCACAUUAGCUGGAAACUUCCGCUUGCCAUUGUUAAGGGAUUACCUGAUGUCUGGAGGUAUCUGCCCAGUAAACCGUAACUCCAUUGACUACCUCCUGUCUAGUAACGGUACGGGCAACGCUGUGGUCAUCGUGAUCGGAGGGGCUGCAGAGUCUCUGGACUGCACCCCAGGAAUGAACUCUGUCACGCUGAAAAACCGCAAAGGCUUUGUGAAGCUGGCCCUCAAGCAAGGUGCUGAUCUGGUGCCUGUCUACUCGUUUGGUGAGAAUGAGGUUUACAAACAGCUGAUUUUUGACGAUGAUUCUUGGUGGCGCACGAUUCAGAAGAGGCUUCAGAAGAUUUUAGGCUUUGCCCCAUGCCUGUUUCAUGGUUGUGGACUGUUCUUCCCGGAGUCCUGGGGUCUUGUACCAUAUUGCAAACCCAUCACUACUGUUGUUGGUGAACCCAUCACAGUUCCAAAAAUCGAGGAGCCGAGUCAGGACGUCAUAGACAUGUACCAUGCCAUGUACAUCAGGUCCCUCAAGUCUCUCUUUGACAAUUAUAAGACCCGUUUUGGUCUAAAUGAAAGUGACACCCUUCAAAUUCAAUGAAAGGCAGCAUUGAGGAAUAAUAACUGUAUAAAAGAACACUCUGGAACAUCUGCCUCCCAACUAAAGUGCCUGUUCAGAGAAGGUGAAAGAAAUCAAUGCUGUUUCUACUCAUUCAAUAGAGUAAACAGUACUAGUGUACAACUGUACAGUGAAUAGCCUGUGUCACUUCUGCUUAUUGCCACUGGGUGGCAUUAUGCAAUAAAUACUACACCGAUUGCUACAUGAAGUAUAAUCUAGAUUUCACAGCUGGUGGACGUAUAUUCCUCAAUAUAUGGCAAUACAUUUACAAGUAAUGUAUUUAAGGUUUAAUUUAAAUGCUGUACUAUAUAAAAGCACAUUUUGUUUGCCCCCAUUAUAUUAUUUUACUGCACAAGCAAUGCAAGUAUUGUGAGUUUUGCCUCACUAAAAAUCACAGAGUGGUUGUGUAACCAAAGAGUGGAGGUGAAGCAAAAGUGUGAUUAAUUUGUUGGAAUAAGUUGGAACAAAAGUAAAUAUGACAGGGUAUUUUGCUGUUAAGAAAAUUAUCCUAUAUGAUCAUAGAUCGAAGGUAAAAGUGAAGUCCAGAAGGUGAAGAUUAUAAUGAAUAUGUGUUAAUGUGUGAUAGUAUUAUCGGAAUGCUGGUCAUUUUUUUUUGCAACACAACUGAGAAUUUACCACAGAAGUAUUAAUUCUGCAUAUAUAAGUUGCACAUGCUUUGUUGAGCUCAUAGUUUACAUGCUACUAAUAUUGCAGCCUUCAGAUAAGUUCCGUUUUCAGCAUGUUAUUUGACAUCAACAUUUCAUCCCAGUUACAAGUAUCAGGCAAUCAUGCUGGAGAGACCUCAAACAUGUGUUUGCAUGCCAAAUCAAAUACAUU